AUGCCAAAAUCAUGGCUGGAACGCACAACACCAUGUUCCGCGCCUCAACAGCUCUAUUAUCAUGCCCCGCUUGUCCAAACAUCCGAGAAGGACACAGCACUCCUGCUCCGGUACUGCAACAUCGUGUACACCUUUAUCCACGACCACCACUCGCACGAGGAGUCACAUUACUUUGCCAACAUCGAGAAGGCCACCGGCAUGCCAGGCCUGAUGUCCUCGAGCGUCGAGCAGCACCGGGAACUUGAGGCUGGGUUGAAGGCUUUGAGAGACUACGCGAACGGGACCACACCUGGUGCAUUUGACGCCGCUGAGCUGCGAGGGAUCAUCGACGAUCUCGCACCGGCAUUGACGACUCACUUGUUUGAAGAGGUACCGGCGAUCCUGGACCUGCAUGAUAAUAUCAGCUCGGGAGAGCUCAAACGCAUCUACGGUUUGAUGCAGAAGGAGGCGGAGAGGACGAGUAGUAUGACGACAGCAGGUCCCCUCGUCUUCGGGAACCAGGACCGGACCUUCUUGCUGGAUGGUGAGCCUUUCCAAUUUCCGCCGUUGCCGAGGGUGGUAGCGUAUGUCAUUGACUGGGUUCUGGCACGCCCGAAUCGGGAGUUGUGGCGCUUCAAUACGAGUGAUUUCUAUGGCAAUCAGAAGGUUGAGGAGUUCCGAACGAAGCGGGACGGCGGCGGCUUGGGAGCAUCCUGGCUUUUGGCCGUGGCAUUAUUGCUGAUCGCGUUGUAUGCUAGCCUCUCCGAGAAGUCGGUAAGGUUCCUAGGAGCUGUACAUAGUUGA